AUGGCUGGAAAGUUAAAUUAUAUUGAACUGUCAGCCUGCGCUCAGGCAGAGUCCACCAUCAUUCUUGGUGACCACAAUGCUAGACACAAGGACGUUGGUGACUCUCGCUUUAGUAGCGGGAAUCAACUGCUCUCGCUACUAAACAGUCACCAAGAUGUGCAGAUUGUGGGCCAUAAACUAGGGCCCUUUAUUUGCAUACUCUACCACCGCCCCCACGACUACCAUCUACCUCUACCACCGCCACCACGACUACCAUCUACCUCUACCACCGCCACCACGACUACCAUCUACCUCUACCACCGCCACCACGACUACCAUCUACCUCUACCACCGCCACCACGACUACCAUCUACCACCGCCCCCACGACUACCAUCUACCUCUACCACCGCCACCACGACUACCAUCUACCUCUACCACCGCCCCCACGACUACCAUCUACCUCUACCACCGCCACCACGACUACCAUCUACCUCUACCACCGCCACCACGACUACCAUCUACCUCUACCACCGCCCCCACGACUACCAUCUACCUCUACCACCGCCACCACGACUACCAUCUACCUCUACCACCGCCCCCACGACUACCAUCUACCUCUACCACCGCCACCACGACUACCAUCUACCUCUACCACCGCCCCCACGACUACCAUCUACCUCUACCACCGCGACUACCAUCUACCUCUACCACCGCCCCCACGACUACCAUCUACCUCUACCACCGCCACCACGACUACCAUCUACCUCUACCACCGCCACCACGACUACCAUCUACCUCUACCACCGCCACCACGACUACCAUCUACCUCUACCACCGCCCCCACGACUACCAUCUACCUCUACCACCGCCACCACGACUACCAUCUACCUCUACCACCGCCCCCACGACUACCAUCUACCUCUACCACUGCCACCACGACUACCAUCUACCUCUACCACCGCCAAGCUACACACCACCGCUGA